AUAACGAGCGGGUGUAUUUGUGAAGUAACGGUGAGGGCUUUGUGCGGUUACAGGACUUUGCUGCCCCUUGGUGGUGCUUCAUGGGCGGUGCAAAUAAUUAAAAUAUUUCGUCAAAGAAACUGGUCGGACCCGACGCACCGCCGUGUCGUCAUCACUCAGCGCCCUGCUUAAAAACGGCGUCUGUUUUUGUGUCGCCGUCAAAGCUUUAUUACGAUGAGCGACGACGAAAAGCGUGAGCCGCGGAACUUUUUCAUGGGUUACGACGACCUCAGCGACAGCGACGGCGAUCCCGACGACGGAGAGCCGACGGUGGAGGCGCGCAGAGGCGGCGGAGGACCGGGCACGACGCGCGCGGCUGGCGGAGCCCCGUUACCGGGGCCGGACGAGCUGUUCCGCUCCGUCGCGAGGCCCGCUUUCCUCUACAACCCGCUCAACAAACGGAUCGACUGGGAAAGCCGCGUGGUGAAGGCGCCCGAGCAGCCUGCCAAGGAGUUCAAGGUAUGGAAGACCAACGCGGUCCCGCCCCCUCAGAGCUAUGUGGCGGAGCAGAAGAAGGGUCCUCCCCCUGGCAUGGACAUGGCCAUAAAGUGGUCCAACGUGUAUGAGGACAACGGAGACGAUGCCCCGCACGCUCCUGGGAGUCGCACACACUUCCUGCCCGAAGAGGAGCAGUCCAAAUCUGACGAGGACGAGGAGAAGGCGGAGAACAAGCCCAAGUCGGCGAAGAAGCGCCGUGUGGAGACGUUCCAGCAGAAGGAGAAGAGGAAGAGGGACCUCGGCCAGGCUACGUCCGACAAGAACUUCGUGGAGGAGGAGAAGCGGAUUCUCCGGCAGACGGCCGAGUGAGAGCCGCAGGCCUGGGCCUCGAGUUUCAUGCCGAGCCCAAGACGUGGCACUCAGGAGGGGCUGGACAUGACUUUUUCUGGAGGAGUUUUUAUUAAACUGGACUUUCCUGUCA